GUCAGAACUCAGGGCUCUCCUAAGGGAGAGGGUCUGCUCCUGAUAUCGCAGUCUAUGUUUAUCAACGUGGACUUUUAUUGAGAACACACAGCAAAGGCGUCUGGCUUUAUGCAGUCUUCCAGUCACUGCUCAGCAACAGAGGCAGCUAUCCCGAGCCAGAAAAUUAAUCCUGGGGAGUGAAUGCCAACACCUAAUGUAUUUAUCUGAUUCUGUGGGAGUGCACCCUUCAAACCUCAGCUCCGGAUCAUGGUGAACUUCAGAUGGUUUUUGAUCAUCCUGAGAACAAUGAGCCUUGGCCUCCAGACCCAGUAAAGUAGACAUCCAUGGAGAGCAGUGCUCGUUCCUGAGGACCUGGAGGGCUUGCAGCCCAGGAGGAUUAGCUAGAAGCAGGCAUAUUUUCCUGCUCAGAACAGCAUGGUUUCCUUGAACACGCCUUUCAUUAUGACUCGCACCAGCUUGAAGAAAAAAUUCUUCAGCUGCUGUGUGCUCAUCUUUCUCCUGUUUGCCAUCAUCUGUGUGUGGAAGGAGAAGAAGAAAGGGAAUUACUAUGAGUUCCUUAAACUGCAGAACAAGGAAUACCAGAUGUUGCAGGGCCUGGAGAAACUGGCCAUGAGCUCUAGUUCCCAACCUGGGUCCUCCAGCAGCACCCACAACCCCCAGAAGAACAUCCAGGCACUCGGUGGUCCCAAGGCCAAGUUGGGGGCUACCUUCCAGGUUUGGGACAAGGACAGCUCCUCCAAAAACCUUGCCCCCAGGCUGCAAACUAUCCGGAAGAAUUAUCUGAACAUGAACAAGUACAAAGUGACAUACAAGGGGCCGGGGCCUGGGGUCAAGUUCAGUGCAGAGGCCCUACUUUGCCACCUGCGGGACCACGUCAACAUUUCAAUGAUAGAGGCCACAGAUUUUCCCUUCAACACCUCUGACUGGGAGGGCUACCUGCCUCAGGAGGACAUUAGGACCAAGGCCGGGCCGUGGGGCAGGUGUGCUGUGGUCUCUUCAGCAGGAUCUCUGAAGUCCUCCCGGCUGGGUCGAGAAAUAGAUGAUCACGAUGCAGUCCUGAGGUUUAAUGGGGCACCCACAGUCAAAUUCCAACAAGACGUGGGCACGAAAACCACCAUUCGUCUGGUAAACUCUCAGUUGGUCACCACAGAAGCGGGCUUCCUCAAAGACAGUUUGUAUAAUGAAGGAAUCCUAAUUGUGUGGGACCCAUCUGUUUACCAUUCAGAUAUCCCAAAGUGGUACAGAAAUCCCGACUACAGUUUCUUCAAUAACUUCAAGAGCUAUCGUAAGCUGCAUCCUGAUCAGCCCUUUUACAUCCUCAAGCCCCAGAUGCCUUGGGAGCUGUGGGACAUCAUUCAAGAAAUCUCCUCAGAGCUGAUCCAGCCAAAUCCCCCAUCCUCUGGGAUGCUCGGCAUUGCCAUUAUGAUGUCACUGUGUGACCAAGUGGAUAUUUACGAGUUCCUCCCAUCCAAGCGCAAGACUGAUGUGUGCUACUACUAUCAGAGGUAUUUCGACAGUGCCUGCACAAUGGGCGCCUACCACCCACUCCUCUUUGAGAAGAACAUGGUGAAGCACCUCAACCUCGGCACAGAUGAAGACAUCUACCUGCUUGGAAAAGCUACACUGCCUGGCUUCCGGACAAUUCGCUGUGGAGCAUAAGCUCCCCAGCCAGGCCCCCUUACCCUUCCCCAUCAGCCGGUCUUCUGGCCACCCCAGGCCUGGGAAGGAAGACUGUGUGCCUGAAUAAUCACAGCCCACACUUCAGGCAGCAAGAGCCCUGGGACUUCAGAAACUCAAGGGCGGGGCCCCCAGCCCAGCCUGCCCUGUUGUCAUGGCGGGGUGUGAACCCAGAGCCUCCUGUCUCACUCAUGUAUACCUGUUUAGCAUUCCCUCCAGAGAGGGUCCUCCCACCCCCAACCUAGGUAAAUGCAAGAUCCACCUUUCCCACCAGGGCUGCCAAAACUGGUCUGCUUUCCCCACCAGAAUGAUGUUGUUAUUGCGAACCAGGGAAACAGGAAAAAAGGUAGUCUUUAUCCUCACGGAGAAGGCGAUGGCACCCCACUCCAGUACUCCAGCCUGGAAAAUCCCAUGGGCGGAGGAACCUGGUAGGCUGCAGUCCAUGGGGUCGUGAAGAGUCAGACAUGACUGAGCGACUUCACUUUCACUUUUCACAUUCAUGCAUUGGAGAAGGAAAUGGCAACCCACUCCAAUGUUCUUGCCUGGAGAAUCCCAGGAACGGGGGAGCCUGGUGGGCUGCCGUCUAUGGAGUCACACAGAGUCAGACACUACUGAAGCUACUUAGCAGCAGUAGCAGCAGCAGCUCCAUCCUCAAGUUGCAUAUAGAUCAGUGCGAGGGACCAGAUGGAUUCAGUGUGCUUGAUGCACAGGGGCUUGUGGGUGUGGGCUUGCUGUGUGGCUGUUUGCACCCAGGAGGGACCACACUCUUCCCGUGUCAGUGGGUCAUAGAGGGCUUCACGGAGCUGGGGGCUGUGAAGUGGAUUUUAGAAGAGAAGAAACAUGUCAAGCAGAUUUUGUCUAAGUCAUCUGAGAUGUGUUUUCCUAUCUGCCUUUAUUACCUGUAUUUAAGAUCUGCCUGAGUUUACAGGCUCAAGGUACUUUUUGAGGAAACCCCCUCAUGUCUGAGGCAUCAACUGAAGCCCCAUUACAGAUACCAGGGAAGCCAGAUGCCAAAACCCUGAUUUCCCCAGGCUCGCCUGGCCUGAGCCUAGCCUAGCCUACCAGCUGGGUGUGCACAGUCUACCCAAGUCUUCCUUUUUGAUGCCCACCCCCAAACCUCCUCCUGCCAUCCUGUUUUUCCCUUUAAUCUUCCCACUCCCAAAUUACUUUCAAGCAUUUUCCAUUUUAAAAUUUCCUGACUUUUUUUUUUUUUACCUUCAUGGGCCUUUUGUGAAAGGCCUCUCAGGGAUUGGGAACAUGGUUUCCUAGGACUUAAGAGUCGCUCUCAGAGGUCAGAACCUUGGAGAUCAUGCCUAAUUCUCACCAGGUGUAUCAGAGUGCUGUGCCCCCACCCCCGCCUGCAAGGGAGCAACAUCAAAGCCUCUGGAGAGGUCUGUCUCCUGUGGUCUGUCCACACACACACUCUGGACCAUUGUGCUAAGUCCCCUCCCCUGAUGGGGAGCCACACUAGACUGGACCAGGCUUCUGGACUCCUGAGCUAGCCCCAUGUGCUCAUGGGUCUUGAAUGUUGAGGUCCAGACCAGUUGUUGUGGAGCUGGAGUACUCAUUCAUGGUCAAACCGCUGGCUUGUGCAGGCAGUAGAAAGAGCUCUGGAGUGAGAAGCCCUGGGUUUUCAAAGUGAUGCUCCCCUAUUACUUGCCAUGCCACCAUGGGCAAAUUCUCCUCUCUGAGCCUUUUUCCACACUUAUAAAAUGGGUGGUGAGCCUGCCUCACAGGUGCUAUGAGGGUUACCUGGGAGAAGGCAGGUGCUCAGUGCACGCUGGAUUCCUUCCUUCCUUUACUAAGAUCCUGCCCUGUGCCCACACCUGGCAGCAUCCUGCUGUGAAGCAGGCCAGAGAGUGGGCUUUGUCCUCAGGGAAUGUAAUGUCCUAUUGGGAGACAAUAAUACCUACCCUGCUUGGAACACCCUGGCAACCAUCCGAGGGAGUGGAGGGUGCAGAACGUGUCCCUGCUCAGGCCUGAUCCUCUCUGGGAUGGAUAGGCAGAGCACUUGGGCCACUGGCCGCUGUGACCCCAGGCUUUUCCACGUCUCUGGGCCCAAGAAUUCCUGGGAGUCAUUGAAUCAUGAGCAUGGAGUGCAGAGGGAGAUGGCAUUCCAUCGCCAGGAGAGAGAUGUUGGUAUGGACACUGAGACUACACUGGGUAGAUGCUUAGCUUUUAUGUGUUAUUAUUAACAGAUCAAGUUAAUUUAAUUGUGCUUUCUCAACCUGGAAACGGGUAGAAUGCAAAUAAGAUGUGGAUACUCUCGUUAGUCUGAUUAAAUGUUUUAUAUUUGUGACAGGCAAUUUAAAAAUUAUGACUGUGUCUUGUAGGAAAGCCACUGUCUCUAAGCUGUUCUGUUUUAUUCAGUAGCUAUCUGUUCAUUCUCUAUCAUGAAGUCUUCAAAUCUUUCCAUCUCAAUCAAAAAGGUAUUGAUGUUGGCCUGGAGUUGAGACGUCAAUCUCAGAAACUUCUGAAUCAUGUCCUAAGCUAUUUC